AUGGGGGAACGCAAGGUCUUGAACAAAUACUUCCCACCCGACUUUGAUCCGAGGCUCAUUCCUCGACGAAAGAUCCCAAAGAACAAACAGAUCGAAGUGCGAAUGAUGCUGCCGUUCUCGAUUCAGUGCAAUACGUGCGGCGAGUUCAUGUACCAGGGCAAGAAAUUCAACUCGCGCAAGGAAGAUGUGCUGGACGAAGACUACUUUGGCGUGAAGAUCUUCCGGUUUUACAUUCGAUGCUCGAUGUGCUCGAGUGAGAUCACGUUCAAGACAGAUCCGAAGAACGGGGACUACGCCACCGAGCACGGUUGCAAACGAAACUUCGAACAGUGGCGGGAGCGGGAAGCAGACGAGGCAGCGAUUCUCAAGGAGCGCGAAGAAGAGGAGAAAGGGGACUCGAUGAAAGCGUUGGAAAACCGAACGUUGGACUCGAAACGAGAAAUGGACAUUAUCGACGCUUUGGACGAAAUCAAAGCGAUCAACCAGCGUCAUGCCAAGGUCGACACCGACGCGAUCUUGACGAAGUUCAAGCAAGUCGACGACCCUGUUCCCUCCGACGACAUAUUGGACGAAGCCGCGAUUCAGGCGCAGAUGGAAACGUUCCGAAAACGAAAGCUUGAACAACCCUCCGAGACGACCAAGGCGAUCGCCAAACAGCCAAAGGCCAGUGCCGGGGGCUUGGCUUCGGAUGACAAAGCCAAGGCACUUGCACCGAAACCUUCCAUCAAAAUCAAAGCAAAGGCGGUGACGAGCAAGAAAGCACCAAGCAAGUCGACUCCCAACGUUCCAGCUGCCCCUGCUCCUGUGGUCGCAUUGGUUGGGGCAUAUAGUGAUAGUAGCAGCGACUCGUCAUAA